CUCUGAGUCUUUUCUUUGACGACCUUCUUCUUUCUUCCCCUUCUUUUCUUUUUAUCUUCGUUCUCUUCAUUUACAUCUAUUCUUAUUAGCUCAUUUGCUAUCCUCCGGAUUUUUCAACUGCAACGUUCUUCGCUUCGUCUUUUAUAAACUACUACCUCUCCUUUUACCUUCUACCUUACCAACGAUUACCCUCAUAAUCAUCUUUCACAUAUAUCCCAUUAAUAAGAUCAGCAUCACGAUGCGCUCCUUGUCCGCUCUUACUAUCUUGCUGCUAUCGGCUGCUAUCGCUACAGCACAGCAGGCCCAUGGCCAACCUGAAGCCCUCAUCAAUCCCGAUAUGACCUCCCAGCGUCCCAAGCUUGCCUUGGCCACCUCACCAACUGGAUGCAAAAAUUCACCCUUUGGUGGCAAUUGCCCUUCAGACGCGCCUUGCUGCAGCGGUGCAGGCUACUGUGGAUCAGAUCCUUCAUUUUGUGCAGAGGCCUGUCAGGCAUCUGGAUCAUACGCCCCUGACUCCUGCUGGCCUUUACCCAUGGCCGUGAAUUUGCACGACGAGUUUGCAAAUAAAUCAAGAAUGGUCUCUAUCUUGGACUUUAAUGGCUUCCCAGACACAGCAGACUGGGUGAUCGACCGAACCCCUGGCACACAAGCUCAUGCAGUCAUCACAGACGAUCAAAAGUUGGUGCUGAAACUCAACCGAAUCGAAAAACAUCCAGAGACUGGUGGUGGAAUUGGUGCCACCGUCCAUGCCUCACGUUGGAUGAAGUACGGCACAAUUGAGGCCCGUAUCAAGACUGCUUCCAAUCAACCUGGCCCUGUCUCGUCCUUCAUCUUGAUCUCAUCUACUUCUGGAGAUGAAGUUGACUUUGAGGUUGUAGGGAAGGAUCCAACUGACGUACAGACUAAUUUUUAUUACAAGGUUCAACCCGGUCAUGAGGUGAACUAUGGUAAUGCGAAGCAUAUCGACGUCGGAGUCGAUACUUCACUUGACUACCAUACCUACAAGCUGGAAUGGACUGAAACCGAGAUGAAGUGGUACUUUGACGAUGUUCUCAAGCGCACAACAGCUGCUGUCGAGGCUGUCGGACAGUAUCCUGAUACCCCAAUGCGAGCUGCCUUUGGUCUUUGGGAUGGAGGCUAUGGCAAUGAAGGUACUGCGGAAUGGGCUGGAAAGAACACAUCUUAUGAACCUAAUGAUCAACGCGAAUACCAGAUGUGGAUCGACUGGGUCAAGAUCACACCCUUGUACCCCGAUAAUUCAACGGAGCCAUGGCCUGGCGCAAAGUACUUGGAGCAGAUGAAGACUGGUAAUAAUGGCGACAGUGGUUCAAAUGGAGGCAUCGGAAAUGGUGGCGGCCAAAAGGAUGGUGAUAAUAAUGGACAUAUUAGACCAGAUGAUCACUCUUUUGACAGUGCCUCAAGCUUCAUUUCUCCCGUUGGCAAAACUAUCCUGCUGGUUGCAUUCACUACACUGGCCGCAACCCUCCUUGCAUAAAACAAU